GCUGAGGUGUGACAGAUAGAUCGCCUCCGGGACAGGGAAGGGUGGAAGGAGGACACUUUAAAAACUGUGGAACAGAGAACGAAAGAGAGAGACAGAGAGAACACGCUCAAGUCAUUAGAGGGACAGAGAGGCCCAGACAGAAUAUGGAACAGGGUCAGUGCAUUGUCGGAGGUUAUGAUGCCGUUCAGGCAGUUACUGAAGAAGUCCAGGAUCUAGCCCAGAAGGUCAAGCUGCAAGUUGAAAAAAAGGUGUGUCGUAAAUUCGAAACUUACCAUGCCAUCUCUUACUGCUCCCAGGUGGUGGCUGGAACAAACCUCAGCAUUAAGAUCGUUGUAGGCCCAGGGGAUGACUAUAUCCACGUCGAUGUCUACAAGCCCCUGCCCUGUUCGGGGGAACAGCCCUUCUUGCUGUCCUCCCCAAAAUUCCAUCCCCAAUGUUUUACCUAUUCGACUGCAGUAGCUUCGCAAAAUGUUGAAUAA